CGGCGUGGGGGUGGAGACCCGGAAAGGCACUACAAACCCGGAACUGGUUGUCUUAGGUUUUCCUUGUGGCAGUCUUGUGUUCCUCUCCUCGGAGUCCGCACCUUCCAGGGACGGGAACUGAGGGGCUUCAGCCUGGGGAUCACGCGUGACGCUGUGCAGCGACGACCUGCUCUCACCUGAGGCUGCCUGGCCGUCUCCAGUGACCUGUGCACUCUGCUUUGUGCUAGUAAUGGCCAGAUUCUGGGUCUGCUUGGCUGGCGCCGGGAUUUUUCUUGCAUGUGUGGUUUUGCAUGAGCAUUUUUAUGGCUCUGGGGUGUUAAUGAACUUUGCUUUUCAAGUUUCCUGGAGAACAGAGAAACUCCUUUACCGGCUGGAUUUGGAUUGGCCUCAUUAUUCAGAAUACUUUACGGGAACGACAUUUUGUGUUGCUGUUGAUUCUGUCAACGGGUUGGUUUACGUAGCUCAAAGAGGGGAUAACAUCCCAAAAGUCUUAGUGUUCACAGAAGAUGGAUAUUUCCUACGAGCCUGGAAUUAUACAGUUGACACACCUCAUGGUAUGUUUGCAGCCAGUACACCAUAUGAACAAUCCGUCUGGAUCACAGAUGUAGGAAGUGGCUCCUAUGGUCAUACUGUUAAGAAAUACAAUUCUGUUGGUGAUCUUGUUCAAGUCUUGGGUACUGCGGGCAAAAAAGGCACAGGUUUGAAUCCCCUGCAGUUUGAUAAUCCUGCAGAAUUAUAUGUAGAGGACACAGGAGAUAUUUACAUUGUGGAUGGAGAUGGAGGAUUGAAUAACAGAUUGAUCAAACUGUCCCAAGAUUUCAUGAUCCUUUGGCUGCAUGGAGAAAAUGGGACAGGACCUGCCAAAUUCAAUAUACCUCACAGCGUUACACUCGAUUCAGCUGGUCGGGUGUGGGUUGCUGACCGAGGAAAUAAAAGAAUCCAAGUGUUUGAUAAAGACACCGGGGAGUGGUUAGGAGCGUGGAGCAGCUGUUUCACAGAAGAAGGACCUUCUUCUGUCAGAUUUACUCCCGACAGGAAGUACUUGGUCGUGGCACAGCUGAACCUUAGCAGGCUGCUGGUGUUGGCGGGGCCCCCAGUGGGAAGCAUCGGCGACUGCUCCGUGGUCAGCACCAUCCAGCUCGCAGAUCAAGUUCUGCCCCAUCUCCUAGAGGUCGACCAAAAGACGGGAGCAAUCUACGUAGCCGAAAUCGGGGCAAAACAAGUACAAAAAUUUGUGCCUUUUAGUGGCUAUAUUGCUGCAUUCAGUACCUAGUGUUUUUUUGGAGAUACUUACAGUGUCAUUUCAAAUUCUCAGUUUGAUAGUUUGAAAAUGGGCUUCAAACACAAACCUAUUUUUAACUGAUUUAGUUGUAAAAAGAUCUAAUUACAGAAAGGUCAUUAUGUGUUCCAUUCUGCUGCCAUUCGUGUGAAUCAGUCAGGUUCACUAAGUGCAUCAGGAUAUUUCAGUGAAAGAAAUGUGAUUUUAAAAAUGGGAUCAGAACCAGGAACCAAAUUGUAACCUAGUUACUUGCUAGGGUAACUAGAGUAGAUGAACUCUUCCUGGUUAAAAAAUAGGAAUAAAAGUGGGUUCCUAGAAUAAUGCCAAGAAUUACACAUGAAGAACUAACUGUAAACCUCCAGUUUGUUGAAUGUACAUAAAAUGAGCUACUUGAGAGAUGGUGACCAAUACGGACCUGAGUGCUCACAGCGCGGUAGAUACUGCAGCUACAAAAUGAAGCUCACGUUCACAGAGACACGAGCAGAGCAGCUGACAGUCCGGAUGGGGGCAGGGCCAGCAGUCAGCGCAGGGCAGCAGUCAGCACAGGGCCAGCAGUCAGCACAGGACAGCAGUCAGCACAGGGCCAGCAGUCAGCGCAGGACAGCAGUCAGCACAGGGCCAGCAGUCAGCGCAGGACAGCAGUCAGCACAGGGCCAGCAGUCAGCACAGGGCCAGCAGUCAGCGCAGGGCAGCAGUCAGCGCAGGGCAGCAGUCAGCGCAGGACAGCAGUCAGCGCAGGACAGCAGUCAGUGCAGGACAGCAGUCAGCGCAGGGCAGCAGUCAGCGCAGGACAGCAGUCAGCGCAGGGCAGCAGUCAGCGCAGGGCAGCAGUCAGCGCAGGACAGCAGUCAGCGCAGGACAGCAGUCAGCGCAGGGCAGCAGUCAGCGCAGGCCAGCAGUCAGCGCAGGGCCAGCAGUCAGCACAGGACAGCAGUCAGCGCAGGCCAGCAGUCAGCGCAGGACAGCAGUCAGCGCAGGACAGCAGCACCGGUGUGUGACGGGACUGAAGGAAGAGCACCAGACCUGACCACGAUGUUCACGGAGGCUACCGAGGGAAAGUUAGAAACUUCUUGUGAACUGUGACAUAUUCUGGCCUUUUUUUAUUAAAACUCAACGUGACAUUGAUUCUUUAGCUGAAAGAUCUUCAUGUGGGCCCUUAAAUGUGCAAUAAAAUGGCUGGCAUCUACUCACUUUACCAAAAGGAGUUUUUAAAAAUAAGUAGUUUUUUAGAAGUUAAUCUUAGAAAUAGGGCCCCUCCUCAAUUCUUUUUAAGUGUGAAAUAAGGUCAUUCCUAAAUUUUAUCUACCUCACAGAAAUUUCAGGGUUAUUUACAUGGAAAUGUGCCAACACUGUGAGUUAUUAAAUUGAAAAUUUUCUUGCCUAUUUUUACACCUACCUCCAUUGGUCUGAAUAUUGGCUUCCUAAUUACAAUAAUUUUUCAGUUCUAGUUUAUUCUAGAUCUUAGUAGAACUUGCCAUGUAGACCAAUGGAGCCUUCCUGUCUCUCCGAUCAGCUCCCCUCUUUAUCCCAGUGUUUCCCUGGGAGUGCUGUAGCAUAUUGAGCUGACUUUGUGAGUUACCUAUUUAGGAGGAGGUCUGUUUUCCAGACUGAAGGCAGUCAUACUCGUUUUGAUGCUUUGGAUCAUGUCAUAAUGCAGUUAGGAAGAUAAAUCAAUAGCAAAAGCAGACCCUGUCCUGUAUCCCAAGGCCAUUGCUAAGUGUGUUGUGCCACAAUCAGACUACGUGAUCUUCAGUGAGUUGCCAUAGCUUUCUCUUCAGUAGCGUGGGGACAUUGGUGUCUUUCCUUCUGCAUGACUGCUGUGGGGAUCAUAGUAGCUUUCUCUUCAGUAGCGUGGGGACAUUGGUGUCUUUCCUUCUGCAUGACUGCUAUGGCUAUCAUAGGAGCACAGGAGCCUUGAAGUUUGUUCUAGGCACGCUCCAGGCAUUUAUUAACAAGUCUUUCUACAUGUGCCAGGUACUUGAUACCAAGGGCAAGGUUUGCCUUGAUUUUGUGUUUAUGACUUGCCAAAAUGCAUCCUGAUAUGAACCUUUCUGCAUUUAGACUGAUAUGGUCAUUGGAUUUGGAUUUUAAAGGGAAUGAUUUGAGACUUGUUUGUUUUUUUGUUUGCAAACCAUGACAAGAAGUACAAAUAUGUCUUGGAAGGAAUGUAGGUUAGGUAAACUGAUUUUAUAUCUAAAAGGUUUUACUUAACUUUUAUACCAGAUUUUUAUAAAACUUGCUGAAAUAUUGUUCCCAUAUAUCUCACAAAAAGCAACCGUUAGCAUACUUGCAAUUACAGUAUUUUUUUCUUUGAAUGAAUUAGUUAAAUGUAUGAAAAGUAUACUAAGGAUUAAUUUCAUUGUCAUAAAAACAAUUGAUAGCUUCUUUUUCCAUUGAAGAAUUUCAGCAGUCACAGUAUCCCAGGUUGGUGCUAAGAAAGUAUACAAAAAGCAUAAGCUGAUGUGGGUAAAUAUGGGUUGGAAGACUUAUUGUUGGAAGACUUAAGCAGUAUGGCUUCAUUCAAGAAGCUGGGUGGGUAGGUAACUGCUUUCCCCUUCUGACAUAAGUAACUAGCUGAUUGCAUUUCUGCAACAGAAGUAGAACCUCCUUAUGCCUCUGCUUUCUAAGUUUAUUCCUGGGUACAAAGGAAAUCCCAAAGUGAUAGGUAUCAGAAAAUCACAGUUGCAUGUAUCUUUCAUAUAAGAAAAGAAACCUCAACUAUAAGAUCAAAUCAUUAGAGAAAACUUGUUUGCAGUCUAAUAUUAAGCAAAGAGAGCCCCUAAUUGAUUUUUAUUAGGUCAGUUAGCAAAAGUCUGCAUCAAGCACCAGCCGUAUGGCUAUAACGACAAAGUCCUAAGUUUUAUUUUAGUGGUUUUCAACAUCCUUGCAUUUGAAAGGUAAGUUGUUCAACCAACAUUAAAAUUGGAAAUGUUUAGAUUUCUACUUCUUAGGCUUACUAAAAUGUCAGUCAUAAAAUUUAUAAAUUUGUUCUAUUCUCUGUGGUGUAUUUUCAGCAAUCAUCAAAAACAUUUUUAAAAGUCAGUAAAUUUUAUUCACUGAACAAAAAUUUAUGAGAUAACAAGCAGUACAAAUUCAUUUAAGCAAGUUUUGUCUGCGCUAGCAGUUUGCUACCCUUUGGGAAAGCAAUCUCCUUCCACCUUGAUCUUUCAGUGAUUCCUGGAGGAUCCCCUGUUCUGGCGCUUCUGUUGUGCUACACUCUUGAGACAAAAGAGGGCAGUAAAGUUCUGCUUGUGAUGUUUCUUGAAAUAAAUGUGAGCAAACAUCGGCCCUCUUUAAACUUUGACUUUUUAAAAUUAAGUCUGUGUUAACCAUGGUUGAACUUUUUCUUCUUCUUCAGCUUGUUUAUAUCUUCAGCAAGUUGGUUUACAGUUGACACAUUUUACAAGGGUUUUGAAAAUGUUUACUAUUUAAUUGGACUGUUUUCCAUUAAAUUUUUUUUCAAUAAUACAAACUAAUAGCCAAAGUUGAGUAACUCAUUUGGAAUAAAAAUGAAACUAUAAUAUUGUUCUGAGUUUAGUACAGUGGAAAAUAUAUUCAUAUUAGAAAAACAUUCUUUUUCUUGCUACUAUUUAUUGAAAGUAGUUUUGCCUUGUAUUUGCUGAUUAUUUUAUACGUGGGAAAAAUGAAUUAAGGCCAAAGCAUUUCUCUGAUUGGCAUUUAUAGAGUAAAUCCUCUAAAGGCUUCAUAACAUGUAGAUACUAUCUUUAUAUUCAAGAACUGAAUAAAAUUUGAGCAUUGAAAAAGAA